GUGGUCUGCUACUAUUUUUUUUCUGUUGGAACGCUCUGCACUCUACCACGUAGGUUAAGCGAGGAUCCCGAGGUAGUAUUUCUUUGAAUUCCCCGCUUGGACAGCUUAAUGUCACCCAUUUUAAUUUUCAUUAAUAUACAAUACAAUACACACGGUGACACAAGAAUUCCACUCCAACUCCUAUGCUGCUUGGUUGAUUCAACACAACAGCUUUGUUUUGACCAUAGCAGAUAUUAAGCAAAAAGUGAGAAGGAAAAAAAUAAACCCCAUGCCUGGGAAAUUGGACCAAAAAGAUUCGGCAACCCAAGUCGACAAGAUGGGGAAAAAUUCCACCGUCGCGCCGGCCAGGCCACAGGUCGUCGAGCUUGGUAAGAUGGAAGCCUGCGACUUCUGGACGCCGGUACAGUGGGCCGUCCUCGUGUCCCUAGUCGACGCGAUCCUGGCUCCCGUGGUCCCCGAGUCCAAGGUCGAUGACAAGAAGACGCAGAUCAAAAUACCAGACCACAAGUAUGACGCCCUCCUGGAAGACGUGCACAACACCGUCGCCGGCCACCCGGACAAGGAGCUGCUCAAGGCCGUCUUCCUCGAGAGCUUCUCCACCAACCCAGCCCUGGUCGGUCAUAUGAAGCGGACCGUCUGCACUUCGGUCCACCCAAAGCUCCGCGCCCGGCUCGGCGGCGUCCUGGCUGCCGUUUCGACCAGGGUGGGUGCCUUUUUCUUGACGGGGUACUGCACCCCGGUACACGAGCAGCCGCUGCACAUCCGCGAGGCCAUCAUUCGGGGCUGGUCGGUGUCUCGCCUCACCGACAUCAGGUUGCUGGUCAAAUCCCUAUCCAUGUUUGCUCAGAACGCGUGGCUGCAGGCCAGCCCGCUGUUCAAGCAGGCAGGCGGCUAUCUUGAUGUCCCUCACGACUGGAAGCCGGGCCCGAGCUUUGACUUUGAGUUCCUUCAGUUUGGUCGUGCGCCCAAUGCAGAGGACAACAAGGCACCAGUUAGCCCUGCCGUCAUUGACACAGACGUCGUGAUCGUUGGCUCGGGUUGUGGUGGCGGCGUGUGUGCCAAAAUCCUAGCCGAGGCCGGUCACAGAGUGGUCGUUGUUGAUAAGGGCUACUACUUUACACCCGAUCAGUUCCCAAUGCCGCAGGAGGAAGGCAGUCGCCUCCUCUGCGAGAACGGCGGUGUUGUGGUCAGUGCUGAUGGGUCGACCAACAUCGCAGCCGGCUCAACUUGGGGUGGCGGCGGCACCAUCAACUGGAGCGUGUGUCUGCAGACGCAGGGAUUCGUCAGACGUGAGUGGAGUCAAGAGCGUGGCCUGGUCUUUUUCGAAACCGAAGAGUUCCAGAACUGUCUGGAUCGUGUGUGCGACUACAUGGGAGCCGGCCGGGGAAGCGAGAACUCGGUCAAGCAAACCCACAGAGGCCAGGUCCUGCUGGACGGAUGCCGAAAGCUCGGGUGGCACGCGGCAGCGCUGCCGCAAAACUCGGGAGGGGCCGAGCACUGGUGCGGCCGAUGCAUGAUGGGCUGCGGCAGUGCCGAGAAACAAGGCCCCGCGGUGAGCUGGCUUCCGGAUGCGAAGAAAGCGGGCGCCACCUUUAUUGAGGGUUUCCAGGUUGAUAAGGUCACGUUCGAUGAGGCCUCAGGUGGCAAGGUCGCCAACGGAGUCGUUGGUACUUGGACAUCUCGUGAUAGCUCUGGUGGAGUUACCGGGCCCAAGGAACAACGUGCUGUCAGAAAGGUUGCCAUCAAGGCCAAGAAGGUUAUUGUCUCGGCAGGGUCUCUGUGGAGUCCUGUUGUUUUAACAAAGAGCGGCGUCAAGAAUCGACACCUGGGACACAACUUGUAUCUACAUCCGUGCAAUUUUGUCGGGGCAUACUACAAGGAAGAUAUACAACCAUGGGAGGGCGGAAUCAUCACCAGUUUCUGCACAUCAUUCGAGGACCUUGAUGGCCACGGCCAUGGCGUCAAGCUUGAACCUACAUGCCAGAUACCAUACACCAACAUGUCAAUGCUUCCCUGGAAGAGCAGCAUCGACUUCAAGGUCGCCGCGAUCAAGUACCGCCACAUGGACGUCUACAUCGCCUUGACCCGAGACCGCGACUCGGGCAGGAUCCACGUGGACCCCACGACAGGCACGCCGGUGGUGCACUACACGCCAUCGGACUUUGACCGCGCGCACACCCUCGAGGGCGUCAUCGCCACAGCCAAGUGCUGCUACGUGAUGGGCGCCACCGAGAUCCGGGCUUUCCUGCCGGGCGUCGAGCCGUUCGUCAGGAGGCCCACCAGCGCGUCCUCGACCGCCUCGGCCGACACGACCGGCGACGAUGCGAAAAAGCCCAACCUCGGCAUCAACGACCCAGACUUUGCCGCCUGGAUCAAGGAGCUCCGCCGCGUCGGCAACCGGCCGCCCGUGGCGCCCUUCUCGUCUGCUCACCAGAUGGGCACGUGCCGGAUGGGCAUCAACGAGGGCGAGGGCGUCGUAGAUCCCAAGGGCCACGUCUGGGGUUACGAGAACUUGUUUGUUGCCGACGCCAGCGUGUUCCCGUCGGCGUCGGGCGUGAACCCCAUGAUUACAAACAUGGCGAUUUCCGACUACAUCGCCAGGGGUGUGGAUCGCGAACUGGCUGCCAAGUCGGCAUGAGGUAAGCGGUAGCAUAUGAUGAAUUUGUUCUUUUUUUUUUCAAAUUGAUUGAAUGUAGUAUAUUGGAAUUGUAUAAAUUUACAUAAAAUCACGGUGUCUAGGCUAUGUUCUCAUGGGCCUGAGAUGCAACUUUGAAAUACGCUGUACGCUUGAGAAGUACCAAAGUAUAGGUACAAUGUAGGUAGACUUGACUGGCGUCUGAAUCUGUUUGCAUUUUCUGUUGGGUACAUCUCUUCUCUACUGAGCGAUGAUGCAUGCAUGCUGUUGUUUGUCUACUUAGUUAGUCUCUUCACCUUUUUUCAUUCGAGCGCCAAUCCCAGCAAAGCCUCGAUGGACGGCCAAGCUCUAUGGUUAUAUUUUCUACACUUCAGUCGAUCAUUCUCACUUCCCUUCG